UAUACUUUUUGAAAUUUGGUAUUUAGUAUUUAGUACUUAGACUUCUUUUGUAAAUGUGAUUUGGUAAUUCCCAAUCUCUUCCAGCUCGAUAUCAAACCCUACGACUACGAAAUAGCUCACUGAUUUGAUAACUUUUUGCUCAUCAUUCUCACCCGCGACGCCCAUUUCUCUGCAUUUUCCGAAGGGAGUGUCCUAACAUUGGCUUGACGCUGCCACCGCUUUCCUCGGCAUGUCCCUCAGUUCUGACGCUUAGAAAUAACAGAUUUUUUCUACAGUUAUCAAGAUGGCCUAUGAAAUUGACGAGCUGAAAAAAAUUGGGUUGGGUCUUAUUGGUUUCGGGAUCUUCUUCUCAUUUCUUGGUGUAAUUCUAUUCUUCGACAGAGGUUUGGUUGCUCUAGGAAAUAUACUUUGGUUAUCUGGUGUAUCUGUUUUACUUGGUUGGCGUUCUACAUGGCAACUCUUCACUAACAGAGCAAAUUACAAGGGCUCCAUCCUUUUACUUCUUGGGCUCUUUCUUAUAUUUGUUCGAUGGCCAAUAGUUGGCAUACUUUUUGAAAUUACUGGUUGCAUUUUUCUCUUUGGUGGGUUUUGGCCAUCUGUCAAGGUGUUUUUCUAUCAAAUUCCAGUUGUUGGAUGGAUCUUACAAUACCCUAUUCUGGUAUAGUGGCAUCCUAAACAUCCUCGAUUUGAAGUAUCAAUGUUCUGACUUGUCCUAAUAUCGAGUAUCUUUGAAAAUUUCGAGGACUUUAUUUCUUGACAUGGACAGCUUAAAUGACAAUUGUCAUUUUUCACAAUUAUUGUGAAGCUGCCUUGUAUCCUUUACGUUCAGGAAAGCGUAAUGCAUAUUGUCACCUAAAAUCUCCCACCAAAUUUCUCACCAGUCUUUUCAGUUGAAUCAAGUACUACUAGCAGUUACACCAUUCCCUUGUAGUUGUGGUUGCAUCAUUCCUUUAUAAUUGUAGUUUCACCAAGCACUGCUACUACCUGCAUGAGGCUCUGCUGGCCAGCUGCAGCAGUUCCUCUACACACCAUGGGGUAUGACAGGUGGGGCAGGGCAUUUAUGGAGUAAUAACUUAUUUUACAUUUUAU